GCUAACAGCGACUUGUCCCCUCACUGAUAGAGUUUUGAGGAACAGCAGCCGACUUUACGCGAUAUUUCUGUCUGCAGAGCGAGUUUACUUACUGGAUUUUGUCACGCUCUACAUAAGCUCAGCUCUGAAAAUGUAAACCGGGCAAAGGAAAAUAAGAUGAGGAACUGGCAUCCUCAUCCCCUCUUGGCCAGUGUUUCUGCUGCUUUGCAUGCAGGCUAAUCCCAUAGCCCAUGUACACUAUGGCAACAAUUGAUGCAGCCUCAGAUGCACAAGACCUGUUGGCUUCCAUUCACCUUGAGAAAUAUCUGAACCACUUCAGACAGGCAGGAUUUCUGCUGGCCCGGGAUUUCUGUCAUGUGGACAAUGCUGCUCUUAACAGACUUGGAGUGACUGCCACCGGUCACAGGAAGCGGAUCCUCAAACUGGUCGAGCACAUUCAAAUGAUCUGCCAGCAUCAUAGGAAGGACACUGAGUUGGACCGCUGUAACUCAGAGUCAGCCAUUCAUGAAGUGACUCCUGAUGGGCAUCUUUCACCUCAAGGAAAUGCAGACACAUCCUUCGAAGCUCUGUACAACAGCUCGGUGCCAAAUUUGUCUGCGCUUGUGAAACGCUCCCACUCAGAGUGUAGUGCUACCAUUGUAAAGCCAGUCCCAAAACCUAGAACUGUCUUUAACAAACAGAGGGUGAAGGAGCCUUCGCUACCCAUGCAACAGGAAGCGCAACUCUGCAGAAGGUCCUCCCAGGAUUCUGCCUCUUCUGCCAUUCUGGAAGUUUCUUCUGUUGAACUUCAUAGCUUAACUUCGAAAGACCCAAAACAAAUCUUGAGUGAAGAGAAGUUAAAUAAAAGUAUCUCAUCCCCAGACAUUAGCGGACCACUACCUCCAGUACCCCCAAGGAUCAGCCGUGGGGUUCUCCCAUCCACAGUCAGGGGCAUGUCAAGUCAGGCUGAGCAAAGCACCCCUCCACGAUCACCAUUUCCUGACUCCCCUUCCAGUUAUCAGUGUUCUCCUUUCACCAGUAUGGCUGGUUCUCCGCCUAGCCCUCCAUGCUCUGGCUUAGAGAUGGUCUCCAAUGAAAUCUACAGUGGCACUUUACCUGGCACUCCACCCACUAUCUGGAGCCGCUCUAUACCUAUGCCCCCGCCACGCCAGGAGCUCAACACAUCUACUGACAGCAAUAGCACUUUAAAUCACACCUCAUCAGAACCGACUAAACGUACAUUUGCUCCUGCUGAUGACCAAGAUGAAAUGAUUAGUCCAUACUGUGAAACUGUUUUCCAUGGCAAGUGGCAAAAUCAACAUCUUGAGGAUGAAAGGUCUCCCAAGAGUGUGGAUAGAACUGGAACCAAAGAUGAUAAGCUAGGAGAUGCUCAUAGGCAUCAGAGCCAGUCUGGUCUCAAGCGGCAGUCUCGUGGCAGUCCUGGUGACUCCCCAGGCUACAGCACAGUUGGCGAGCCUUCUUCUGCCUCACGCUCCUUCACUCUGCCUCCACAUAGCCUCUACCCUAGCGAAUUGGAUGAAGACCAGUUCAUCUCCCCGUAUGCAAGUUUCACCUCACUGUCGGAGAGGCCUGUACCCAUCCUCAGUGGAUGGUUGGACAAACUCUCCCCCCAAGGGAAUUACGUGUUCCAGAAGCGCUAUGUAAAGUUUGAUGGAAAAAAUCUGAUGUAUUAUGGCAGUGAAAAGGACACAUACCCAAAAGGUGUGAUUCCUCUUGGUGCUAUACAAAUGGCCAGAGCAGCAAAAGACAACAAAUUUGAAGUUGUGACGAAUCACAGGGCAUUUGUUUUCCGUGCAGACAAUGAAGUGCAGAGGAGUAAGUGGUGCAGUGUGCUGCAGGAGUGGGUGAAGGAGCAGAUGGUGUUUGGCCGGCCACGUUUUGGCCCAGGGAGCCACUGCCAGAAGAAUGGCUUCUUAGAGCUUAAAGGGAUAAAGUCAAAGAUCUAUGCAGCAAUUAUAGCUGAGCAGAUUUGGCUGUAUAAGAACGAGCAGUGUUUUAAGAAUGGCAUUGGAAUCACUGUAAUCGAGGCCAGAGGCGCUACAAUCCGAGAUGGAAAGAACAAAAGCUUUGACCUCAUAACUCCUUACAAGGCCUUCAGCUUCACGGCUGAGUCAGAGCGGGAGAAACGGGAGUGGAUGGAAGCUCUGCAGGAGUCAAUCGCAGAGACGCUCUCCGAUUACGAGGUGGCUGAGAAAAUCUGGUCUAACCGCUCCAACAGGGUGUGUGCAGACUGCAAAGCCAUCAAUCCCGACUGGGCCUCCAUCAAUCUCUGUGUGGUCAUUUGCAAGAACUGCGCAGGCCAGCACAGAGGACUGGGCACAAUGGUGUCCAAAGUGCAGAGUCUGAAACUGGACACCAGUGUUUGGAGCAAUGAGAUAGUUCAGCUCUUCAUAAUGCUGGGUAAUGACAGAGCCAAUGAGUUCUGGGCUACCAGGCUGCCAGCAGCUGAUGAAAUUGACUGUGAUGCCUCUCCAGAACAGCGGAGGGAAUUUAUAACCCAGAAAUACAGAGAAGGCCGUUUCCGUCACUCUCACCCCAGCUUUAGUACACAGGAAGAGUUACUUAAGGCUCUGUGCACAGCUGUGACUGAACAGAACCUCUUGAAGACAGUCACUCAGUUAUUUGCAGAAGCAGAAGCGGCUCGACUCUCGGACUCUAAUGGACAUGAGAAGCACCUUUCUCUGCAUUACUCUUACACCCAGGCCACAGGUUUUCAGGAUUUACUUACACACAAACAGACACCACAGCAGGCACAUAACCACUUCCAUUCCACCUUAACCAAUGACUCUGCAACUGUCAUCCACCACAUCAACACUGUAGCAGUGUAUAUUUCACUAAUCAUUAAGCCUUAUUCAUUUCAACAUGUAAUUUCAAAAUUAUCAGCAUGCACAUCCCACAGUGGUGGUAAUCAGCAUUUCUACAUUCGGUUCUAUUUCCUUGCAGAUUCCAGUGUGUAUGAUGAGAUCAUGCAGCCAGUCCUGUAUUCUGGCUACCUCUACAAGUCAUGCUCCAUGAACAAAGGCACUUUGUCUCGCAGAACCAGGGAAGAUUUCCAAAAGUAUUGGUGCUCGGUGGAGAAGUCUCUUCUGUUUUAUGAGUCUGACAGGUGCCAUGAGCCCAACAUGAAGAUAGAGGUCAAAGAUAUCAUCUGUUUAGGAGUUAGCAGGCCAGACUCAUGCACCAACAACAACGGCUUCAUUGACAGGUUUCGAUACACUUUCGAACUGUACCUAACAUCUGAAAAACUUGUGCAGUUUGGUUUAGAAACUCCAGAUGCACUACACAGUUGGGCAAAAGCUAUUGGAAAGGCCACCACACCUCUGAGCUGCCACUGCUUACUGACGAGGGAGUUUGAGCGUGUGGGCAUGUUGCGUUAUAAGGCCAUGCUGGACCCGCGGCAGUGGAAAGAGGGCUUCUUUGUUCUGCAAAAGUCCAACCUCUUCAUUUGCCCUGGAAACGAUGGAGCUGCUGAGGACAUUAUUAACCUGAAACGCCUGCAGGAGCUCAGUAUAGCAUCAGAGACAGACAAUCAUGAAAAGAAAGACAUUUUGGUUCUAGUGGAAAAAGGAAGGACUCUGCACCUGCAAGGCAUGGGGCGUACAGACUUCUCUCUGUGGUACACAGACAUCCAGAAGGCAGCAGGAGGCAAAGCCAACACGCUGAAGGACCAACAACUGAGCAGGAACGACAUCCCCAUCAUUGUGGACAGCUGCAUUGCUUUUAUUACACAGUAUGGUCUGGGCCAUGAAGGUAUAUACAGGAAAAAUGGAGCCAAGUCCAGAAUCAAGCUUCUGAUGGAGGAGUUCCGGAGAGAUGCCCGCAACGUGAAACUCCGCAUUGGAGACAAUUUCAUUGAGGAUGUGACAGAUGUGCUGAAGAGGUUCUUCCGUGAGAUUGAUGACCCCAUAUUCAUGGCAGAUCUGCACCCAUACUGGAAGGAGGCUGCCAAGAUAUCUAAUAAGACGCAGAGAUUGGAUAGAUAUAAAGAGCUCAUCCGUGGUUUGCCACGAGUCAACCGAACCACUUUGGCUGCUCUCAUCAGUCACCUCUACAGGGUACAGAAGUGUGCCGAUCUGAACCAAAUGUGCACAAAGAACCUAUCUCUGCUGUUCGCCCCAAGCCUCUUUCAGACAGACGGGAAAGGAGAGCAUGAAGUGAAGAUCAUAGAGGACCUCAUUGACAACUAUCUGUAUGUCUUUGAUAUUGAUGAGGAACACAAAACUCAGAUUGAACUGGAAAUCAGUCUCAUCACAACCUGGAAGGACACACAGCUCUCUCAGGCAGGAGACCUGAUUAUUGAGGUCUAUCUGGAGGAAAAAAUGCCAGACUGCUGCAUCACUCUGAAAGUUUCACCCACUAUGUGUGCAGAGGAACUGACUAACCAGGUGCUGUAUAUGAGGAAUGUCCCUGCAGGUGAAAAGGAUGUGUGGAUGACCUUUGAAGCCAUUGAGGAUGGGGAGCUUGAACGGCCUCUUCACCCAAAAGAGAAGGUUCUGGAACAAGCACUACAGUGGUGUACCAUGGCUGAUCCUAGUUCUGCAUAUUUGUUGGUAAAGAAGGUACCCAGAGGAGAAAUGAUUGAUAUCUUUACAGCUUACAAGAGUGAAAUUGUGAAGUUUGGAGUUCUGAAGUGUCGUGAGGAGACACCUAAACUUCUACAAGGGACCAAAUUCCAGGAACGUCUGUUCCAAAUCCAGGAUCACAAAUUACUCUUAAUGAAGGACAAGAAGACCAACAAACCCGAAAAAGAGUGGCAGCUAAAAACUAUGAAGAUUUACAUUGGAAUAAAAAAGAAGUUGAAAGCACCAACAAAAUGGGGUUUCACUGUGAUGAUAGACAAACAUCAGAUGUAUCUCAGUUGUUCCAGUGAAACAGAGCUUUGGGACUGGAUAACCAGUCUUCUGAAAGCACAGAACGACGACUUGCGGCCUCCUGUGAUGAGACGCCACUCCUCAUCUGACAUCUGCAAGCAGAAGUUUGGCACCAUGCCCUUAGUGCCGAUCCGCGGAGAAGACAGCAACACCAACUCCACCAUGCUUUCUGCUAAUAAGACGCUGAGGAAGCUUCACGAUAGGAGGACACUAUCAAUGUACUUUCCCAUGAAGGUGCAGCAAGAUUCAUUGGAGGAACGGGAUGAAAGCCCAGAGCCACUCUACGAGGAGGUUGGUGACUUUAGCCUGCAGGUGCUGAAGUCCCUGGAGAACAGCUUUCUGUCCAGUGGCCACACCAAGAGUCGGGAGGUGCCUCCACGCAUUGAGAGCCUCGGCCAGGGGAAGAGCAGGUCCCUGGAGCGCACAGUUGUCCCAAAACUUACCCGUUCUACUGGGGGAGAUGGAUCUCUGGACACACUGAUGCACGAAGUACCACGUGCUUCUUUAGAGCGCAAAUCAUGUAGUCCUUCAGAAGAGCUGCUGUUACAUGAACUCUCAACACUUUGUAAGAAACCAGAAGAUGAUGAACAGUGAUCUGCGGAAAGCCUGACCUAAGAUGUCCAGCUUCACCUCUGUUGCACAACCUGAAUCAGAAACUGGUAUUGUAUUCUGCUGUCUGGAGGUGCAAACAUUCUGCUUAAUAUUUGAAACAUUUUUAAUGAGGAUUUUGGGCAUGGCUGUUGGUCAUAUGGUUGUAUUAUUUCACAUACAUAAAAUGUACCAGUAUUAUAAAGAUUGGACAUUUUGCUUCACAUUGCUAAUAUCUGUCAUUCUUUUUCAUGCGCUCUGUAUACAACUGGUAUAUAAUAUCAUUUGGUAUAUGAACUGCUUGUGUUAACAAAUCUGGCUCAUCUUAAACAGUCUUGAAAGACCAAACUGAAAAAAAUCUGUUUACAUUUUGGUAAUUAAGCUUUUAAAACUCACUGACUCAGUAUCCUGCUGUUUUUUUUAAUGGACUGACAGGUUCAUUCAUGAUGUACAUAAAAUGAAGCCUUUAUAUAUCUGAAUUUGGAUGCAUAAAUCCAAAUUAAUCCCGAGAGACAUUGCUAAAACUGCUAUCCAAAAAACUUCUUCAAAUUGCUUUAUUUUAAAUGGGAAAUUAAUGAAUGUGUAGUGUACUUCUUUCAUGUACAAGCUCUGGGACUUUUUUUCACAAAGUACAAUUUGUUGUAUUUAUUAAUUUAUUAAUGUGUCUUCCAGCAUUUCUCAGCAUUCAGAUACUGGAGGAUUUAAUGGCGGUGAUAUCUGAGAAGCUCAUGGAGGAAUUCUGUCCAGCUUGACUCUGAGACAGUAGAGGGCAGUGUAGGCUCAGCAUAUAAUGGCUUGACAAUCAUGAAAUGUUAAAUGUAUUCCACUUUUCUACAGAGAUUUACCAAUUUUGCACAGUAACCUACAGGCUCUUAAUUAAACAAAUUUAUGCUACAGUAUAAUUGUAAUAUCACCUGUAUGCAAGCACUUUUGUUUGACUGCUAUUCUUUGCUAUGAAUAUAACAUUGUGCCGCUUACUCAGUAUUUUAUGACUUAUUGUAGUGUUACAUGCCACCAAACACUGUAAAGGUUGAGUACUUUACAAAACAGAGUAUGUUUUGAUUUUUGCAGAAUCUUUUACUGAAACUGAAUGAGGAUGUUGAAAUAUAUGAGUGUUUUUUCAAAA